GCAGGUAAGCAGUGUGGGGUGUGCGAUAAGGCAGCGCACAGAGAGAGAGAGAGAGAGCAGAAAGAGUGCGAAAAUGGCUUACAAUCUUUGCUCCUCCCCUUCUUCUCUCUUCCACGACUUUCCCUCCAUAUCUUCUUCUCGCAAAUUCAAACUUGGAACUUUUUCCUCUUCCUUUCUAUCCCAAUCCAAACCCCUUCUCCAUGUCUCCUUGCACGAACCCAUUCCCGAAGAGGAGGCAAAAUCCUCGAAAAGAAGUUACAUAUGGGUUAACCCCCGAAGCCCCAGAGCGAAACAACUGGAGAGGAAAUCCUACGACGCCAGGUACACUUCCCUCGUCGAUGUCGCCCACUCCUUGGACUCUUCCAAUCCCUCUCCCGAGGACGUUUCUCUAGUUUUGAAGGCUUUGGGGCCUAGGGUUUUAGAGCAAGACGCUGUUAUCAUCAUUAACAACAUGUCCAAUUCCAAUGUUGCACCCUUGGUUCUCAGUUACUUCCAGCGUAGGAUUAGACCCUCCCGGGAGGUCAUUCUCUACAACGUCACCCUCAAGGUCUUUAGAAAGUCUAGGGAUUUCGACUCUAUGGAGAAGCUGUUUGAUGAUAUGCUUAAGAGGCAAGUGAGGCCUGAUAAUGUCACUUUCUCCACUAUAAUUAGCUGUGCUAGGAUUUGUUCUCUGCCUCAUAAGGCCGUGGAGUGGUUUGAGAAGAUGCCAUCAUUCGGCUGUGAGCCUGAUGAUGUUACCUACUCGGCUAUGAUUGAUGCUUAUGGCAGGGCUGGCAAUAUUGACAUGGCUUUGCACUUGUAUGAUCGUGCUAGGACUGAGAAGUGGCGCCUUGAUACCGUUACUUUCUCCACUUUGAUUAAGAUGUAUGGGUUGGCAGGGAACUAUGAUGGGUGCUUAAAUGUCUACCAAGAGAUGAAGGUUCUUGGUGUUAAGCCUAAUAUGGUUAUUUAUAAUACUCUCUUGGAUGCCAUGGGGAGAGCUAAGAGGCCUUGGCAGGCCAAGAGUAUAUAUACGGAGAUGACAAGUAAUGGAUUUUUCCCCAAUUGGGCGACAUAUGCGUCUCUCUUGCGAGCCUAUGGUCGAGGGCGCUACAGCGAAGAUGCUCUUGCUGUUUAUAAGGAAAUGAAGGAAAAGGGACUGGAGAUGAACACUCAUCUUUAUAAUACCCUUUUGGCCAUGUGUGCUGAUCUUGGCCUUGCUGAUGAAGCUUUUGAGAUUUUUGAUGACAUGAAGAGUUCUGCAACUUGCCUUUGUGAUAGUUGGACUUUCUCGUCCUUGAUUACCAUAUAUUCCUGCAGGGGGAAUGUUUCGGAGGCUGAAAGAAUGUUGAAUGAAAUGAUUGAGUCUGGAUUUCAGCCUACUAUUUUUGUCCUGACAUCGCUUGUUCAGUGCUAUGGGAAGGCCAACCGUAUUGAUGAUGUUGUGAAGACAUUUGAUCAACUGUUGGAUUUGGGCAUCCGUCCAGAUGACCGUUUCUGUGGUUGUCUUCUGAAUGUUAUGACCCAAACACCAAAAGAAGAGCUUGGCAAGCUAAAAGAUUGUGUGGAGAAGGCUAAUCCAAAGCUUGGGACCUUGGUAAGGUAUUUGGUGGAAGGGAUGGAGGAGGAUGAUGGAGGAUUUAGAAAAGAAGCAUCUGAACUCUUUGAUUCAAUUGCUGAUGAAGUUAAGAAGCCCUUUUGCAAUUCUCUGAUUGAUCUUUGUGUCAACCUGGAUUUGUUGGAUAGAGCAUGUGAGCUUCUGGACCUAGGGUUGACACUUGAAAUAUAUACGGAUAUACAGUCCAAGUCUCAAACUCAGUGGUCUCUGCAUCUAAAGAGUCUUUCGCUUGGAGCAUCGCUGACUGCAUUACAUGCUUGGAUAAAUGACUUGUCUAAGGCUUUGGAAUCAGGAGAGGAUCUUCCACCACUGCUUGGAAUCAAUACCGGUCAUGGGAAGCACAGGUAUUCGGACAAAGGAUUGGCAAGUGUAGUUGAAUCACAUUUGUUGGAACUCGAUGCUCCAUUCCACGAGGCUCCCGAUAAGGCUGGCUGGUUUUUGACUACACAGGUAGCAGUCAAGUCAUGGCUGGAGUCUAGGGAAUUGGUUGCUGCAUAAUUUCUGAUCUUAUGGGUUUUAGGGCGUCUACUUUUACAAAGUUACUGCAUGCAUUGGGAAAAUUGAGGCUAUUAUUGCGAAUGAGACGAAUUACUGUCUUGUUGGCGCCGUGGCCCAGGAAAAUUGUCAAAUUCCAAUUGAAGGCUGUUAGAAGCAUUGAUCGAGUAAACAGGCAAGUUGAAGUGAUAGUUGGCACUUGGCAAAGACAAGUUACACAAGGUAAAAUAUGGUCUUCCAUAUUAUAUGCGUUGUUACAUGUGCUAUUUGUUUUAUGGCAAGAUCGAUAUGGCGCGUCUACCAAAUCCAAUUAGAGGGUGAAGACUAGAAAAAAAUGCUUAAUUGCAAAUUUUGCCGCUUAUGUUUCAAGAUUUUGCCAAUUUUAUCACUUAAUUUUUAAAAUUUUGCAUGUAUAUGCCAUUAUUUAAUAGUUAGCAUGAUGUACUAAUCGUUGAUGUGAAUUAAUAACAUGACUUAUAAAUAAUGAUGAGACACAAUGUGUCAUGGAAACA